AUGUCCAACGACUCCAACAAGCCACAGGCUGAGGAUGCCGAUGAUCUCGCUGGCCAGCGUUUCAACGCAGCGUUCCCAGGCGAAGACAUGUCUGCCGGUUCUCGCCUGUUCAACUAUCUUGUGGUGGACGAAUACGAUCCUGCGGACCCACGAUUUCGGACUGAGGAAAGAGACACCGCGAAGUCCGCCAGAUCUGUGGCCGUUCCUCACCCCCCGAGCUCGACCUCGUCGACGAAAGAGCAAGCGAAGCCUUUGGCACAGAAGGAGUGCUCCCAGAAACCAAAGGCCGACGACACGAACGCACAUGCUGGAGCUAGCAUUUUGGAGGUCUACCAAGCUCCGAGCAACACCAGCUUCGCGUUGUUGCUACUGCUUCUGCUUCAAACGACGAUCAACAUUGAUCUGCGAGACGGUUCUGUCGAAGAUGGUACCCCAAGACCGAUACUCCAACAUCUUGAACCUUUCGAUUCCUCAUCACAAGCAGAUCACUGGCUCAGCGCAUACUUCAACACGCACAUCAGCUUCUCGUCCUUGACCUCACCAGCCUUCGAAAUCGAUUCUUCGACUCUUCCGAUCUUGCGAUUGAACAUGGUUUCCCCAAACGAGAAGAUCGGCCAAGCAGCUCGCGCUCCAGUCAAGAGAACGAUCGACACCUCGCAAGAAGAAGCUGUUCUCAAUACUCUCGCUCAAUCUGACGAUGACUCCGACGAAGUCGGUCUGACCGAAGACGAAGUCCGCGCAGCCGGCAUUCUUUUCGGCGCCAUCGACGCCGUUGAUACCGACAGCGAGGCAGAGGAUGGCAAUGAUGGCGGACAAACUGAUCCAACCGCCGCAACCACCGCCAACCCGAGUGUCCCACUUCCUCCCGCACCGCCCCUUGCCUCCACCCUCGCCCCGUCCGCCGUCACUCCAUCAAUCCCACCAGGCUCCACGCUGCCCGGAGCGCCAUUGCCGGCUCCGAACGACCUCCUAGUCGCGAGUUACGAGGCGCUCAUGGCGCCCAGCCCUCGAAGCCGCGGUCUCGUGACGCACGCUCGCCCAUCACGUGAAGCAUCCGGACCAGAGUGGUCGGACGCAGAGAGUCUGCUCCUUCUCAAGGCGUACCGCGACAACCCGGCCGGCUCCCAUUUGAAGGUGGCCGCUCUCCACAACGCGAUGGUGUGGCCUCACGUGGCCACGCCCCGGCGGUCGUUCACCUCGACCUCGCAGCAGGUGGGAGCUUUCAUCAAGGUGCCCAAUACCACCGCGGGUGCUGCGCCCACGCGCGACAAGACGCGCUUGCCUGGCCAGAUCGCGGCGCUCGAGGCGAAGUUGAACAGCCUCCCUCCUCCUCCCAACACCCCCUCCCGCUUCUUGCCCUCCCCUCGCAAAGGCAGCAAGAAGGCCCAGCUGCCGGCGUCGGAGCCGGACGCUCCAACGGCCUCGCCGAAAAAGAGGGAGGGAGGGAAGAGGGAGGAGAGGAAGAAGGAGAAGGGCAAGAAAGGCAAGCAGCCGGCGUUGGAGCCAGACGCUCCAACGGUCUCGCCGCCGAAGAAGGAGGAGAGCCCAAGUGGAGACGAUGGCAUUGGUGGCGGAGGCGGCGGCUACGAUCUGGGAGCGGUGGCACGAUUCCAGGCUGCCCACAAGGCGAAACUUGCAGCUGCUGCCAAGAAGGACAAUGAGGAGCAGGAGAAGAAGAACAAAGGCAAGGAGUAG